AUGGUUGCAUCACCACCACCAUCUCCAUCUAAUGUACGUGGACCUAAGUUUGAUGACUCUAGCUCAAGCUUAGACCCUUAUGAUGUACCAGCGUCGGACAAUCCGUCGACUGUGCUUUAUUCCCCUGUGUUAACAGGUGAUAAUUAUCCCACAUGGUCAAGGGGUAUUGCUCGUGCUUUAAGAGCCAAGAACAAAUACGGCUUUGUUGAUGGUACAAUAGCCAAACCGUUAGCUUCUGAUGACAAACUUCCAGCUUGGAUUCGUGCAAACAAUCUGGUUUGUAUUUGGAUUGCCAAUUCCUGUGAAGCUGAGAUAAAACGAAGCAUCAGUUGGAUAGAAAACGCUAGGGAUAUUUGGAUUGAUCUUGAGGAUCGAUUUUCUGAAACGAAUAUGCCUCGAAUCUUUGAUUUAAAACGUCAUAUAUCAACUCUCAAACAAGAAGAUUCUAGUAUAUCUUCUUAUUACACCAAGCUUAAAAGUCUAUGGGAUGAAGUGGGCGCUCUUACACCGGUUGAACCUUGCACCUGCGGUAAUGGAAAGCAAGUGCUUGAACAGCUCAACAGAGACAAAGCAAUGGAGUUCUUACAGGGACUUCAUGACAGAUUUUCGGCCGUAAGAAGCAACAUCCUUCUUAUGUCUCCUUUUCCGACGCUUGCGAAGAUUUACUCCCUUGUUCGUCAGGAAGAACAACAACAAUUUAUCAACAUUGCUGCUACACCCCAGAUUGACAGCGCAGCCUUGUCUACCAGAUUUGCACCUCGACCUUCCCCAUAG